AUGCCGCGACCCAAGAGAACACGCGUCACGUCGACUCGAACAGUCGCAAAAGUCACAAGCCCCGAACCCGUUGUGGUACCGAAACAACCUUCCGAAACCAGCUCUGAUAUAUACGAUGUGAGUGACCGGGAAAAGGAAAAGGCGAAAAAGAGACGUGAGUCGGUGCGCGAUGCGGAUUCUGUUACGCGCACGCGAUCUACAUCUUCACACCAAUUGAAGGCAUUAGAAGUCGCGCGACAGCAACGCGACUCUGCCAUGGAUAGGCUAGAAAACAUGACUUCGACGUCGAGCAAUCGGGUAGAUGAACCUGGAGAACCUUCAGAGUCUUCGGUUGAAUUGGGGCGCAAAGUGGCUGGGACCCCGCAACAGAGGAGAAUGGCGGACAUGUCAGGAUUGGACUUGGAUGAUUCAGACUUUGACGACUUGAAUACAACAUUUGAUACUGCAGGUCCAGCAAGUGCGCAGCGAUCAGUCGAAACAUCUACUAUGUCUGCCAGUGUUUUCAAACGACGGCCCCGCGCGGGAAGUUUUCUAAGCAGAGAGGAUGGUUAUAUUCGUCCUAGCAGCCGGACGGGUCCCAACACGCCUGGUGUUAGCUCGACAUUUAACAUCGCCAUGUUUAAAAGGAGAGUACGAGAGCCUAGUAUCCUCGGUACUGCCCAAAAGCCGCGUCCUCAAAGAUUAGAGCCAGAGCCCGAGCCGGAAUCUGAUCAGGAUGGAGAUGAAGAUGAAGAAGCAGUUGAUGAAGAGGGAUUUGCCCCUGAAGCCGAAUCAACCCCAGUUAAACCUUCUAAGAGACGUUCCGGAGAGGUUGAGGCUGGCCCAGCAUCGCCGCAGGAUUUGCCACGCGCAAAUUCGCGUAAGCGAAAAUCUUCAGAAGGUCAUGAACGUCGCGCAAGAUCGUCCCCAGUUGAAGACGAUGAACCCGUCGAGGAACCCAGAGUACAACAAUCAGAUUCAGAGCUAUCAUCUCCCCCAUCUACUCCUCCGCCUCGACAACAGAGUAGUAAGCCCGCGACACCCAUUAUGGAUGAGGAGCUCAUGGCACCUCCAUUAAGUAGCGGCUCCUCCGAGGGAGACUUCGAGGUCUGGCCGCCUCUCCAGUCACUCACACGAGCCCGCCGGAGACGGCCCUCAAUUCCCCGAAGGACCCCAGUCGCAGAUGAUAUUAUCUCCGAUAUUUCUUCGCCGCCCUCCCUCACUUACUCUCCAAACUACCGCGAGCCUUCUCCGCCGCCGCGGCAGGCCGAAAAGACCAAGCGCAAGGGUGUUUCUAAGCCAGAGCCUAAAAUCACGACUGCAGAACUCAGGACUGAAGAUUUAGCGGGCUUACUGCCGCGUCGGCGCCGUAGAAACGCUAGAACCGACGAUGAAGAUUCGGAAGCAGAGGUUGACAUCUCCGGCCUAGGCGAUCAUGACGACGAGCUCUCUUACCUUGACGUUCGAGCCCGACGACACCCAGUGCGGCCGGGCUCCCGAGCAGGACGGUCCAAGAACCAGAAUGUGGGACGGGCGCGUCCCGCUUCGCGCGGUAAGACCGCAAAGCGGACUCCCAGUACUAAUAGACGUACUACGAUCACGUAUGGCCGGACAUCAGACAAAGAGAACCAAGAAGAGUCGGAGGGCGAUGAAGAGCAGGGUGGGGAGGAAAACAAUCAGGACAUGGCCGAGCGAGCGAGCGAGGAGCUGAAGAACGCAGCGCGCAAAUUCCAGGAGGUGGAUCAAUGGCAGCUCGAUUACGAGGAAGUGACGGAGAGUAGUUCACCAUUGGACGCUCGCUAA